AUGGGUAGGGGCGUAGAAAAGUACUACACGGUCUGGAUGGGUGACCUCCCUCCUGGGAUAAAGAGAGGUCACGUGAAAGAUUUCUUCGAAGAAUACGGACCUCUCGGAGGAAUUCGUCUCAUGAAUAACUUCGGAUUCGUGGACUUUCGAAAGAAACGCGAUGCUAAGGAUGCGGUCAAAGACCUUGAUGGCAAGAAGUUGAAAGGAGCUCGAAUUCGACUAGAGCACUCCGAUGGUCCCGGCGGGAGCAAGAAGAAGGGAGAAGACUACGACGCCGUCUCGUGGCCACCGAUGCCGGGAAGCUCUUCAGCGUACGAGCGUCCAUACAGGACCAAAUAUACCAUCAGCGUUUCAAAUUUAUCCACACGAUUCAGUUGGGCUGACUUGAAAAACUUCAUGCGUCGAGCAGGCGAAGUUACCUACACAGAUGCCCACGUCCGUUCCGGCGAGGGCAACGGAGAGGUUUGCUUCAAAGAUCGUAAAGGGUUAUACAGGGCCAUGCAAAAGCUUAAUCGCACCCGUCUGGGUGGCAAGAAGAUCAAACUCCGAAUUGUCGAGGACGGCCAGCGUGAAGUAAAAAGCGACACAGAAAGCGAUUCUGAUUAUAGCAGAUCAAGUCGCUCCUCGUCUCGUUCGUCCUAUUCCUCGAGAUCUUCUUACAGCUCUAGUCGAUCUGAGAAGCGCUCCCGAUCUCGCUCAAAAGAUAGAAAACCAAAGAAGGAAGAGAAGAAAAUGAAAGAAGAGAGACGAUCACGAUCGCGAUCUGCCAAGAAAGAAAGAAGAAGCAAGGAUCGAAGUCGAUCACGCUCUGUCAAAAAGGAAGUGAAAGAAGAAAGAAGAUCUCGAAGUCGAUCUAAAGGAAAUGGUCGUCGCGAUGACAAAGACGAUCGAGAAAGAAGAGAUCGAAAAGGACGAAAACGCAGUGUGAGCCGAGAACGAGAUAGCUCUCGUGACCGAAAGAAAAACUCCAAGAAAAGUCGGCGAAGUCGAUCCCGCUCUCGAAGCCGAUGA